AUGGACCAAUUCUCUUUUUAUCAACUACAACGAUAUACAAAGCAGGAUCGCACUCUUCAACAAGUUAUGAAAUUCAUCAAUGACGGCUGGCCUUCAACAGUUAAGACCAAAGCUCUUUUGGAUUUUAUUGCAUGCCAGCAUCAGUUGUCAGUGUGUGACGGAUGCAUACUAAAACAUGCAGAAGAGCCUAGAAUAGUGAUUCCAAAGGCAAUAAGGGAGCAGUUACUAUCAGAAUUGUACAAAGCACACGUUGGUAUGGAGAGGAUGAAGAAACUUGCACGGAGGUUCAUAUGGUGGCCAGGCAUCGAUAGAGAUAUAGAGAGUAUGGCCCGAAAUUGUGAAAAUUGUGCUGUGCAUGCUGACAGACUACCAGAAGUACCCUUACAUCCAUGGGAGUUUCCUGAGUGCCCUUGGUCAAGAAUUCACAUUGAUUUUGCCGGACCAUUUUGCAAAAAAAUGUUGUUUGUUGUGGUCGAUGCGUUCUCAAAAUGGCCUGAGGUAAUACAGCUACCUGAGGGAGCGACUUCAGCGAGCCAAACCAUUACUCAACUUCGUCGCAUCUUUGCAAGGUUUGGUAUUCCAAAGCAAAUCGUGUCAGAUAAUGGGCCCCAAUUCCUGUCGUCAGAAUUCAGUAAUUUUUUUGAAUUCUGA